AUGCUGCCUUCAGAAGUUUUUGCAAACACGUCAGAAGAGGAACUCGAGAUUGUCACAAGUAUUUGUGACAAACUCAGGGAAGAUCCAUUGCUAGAACCAAUCAUCAGGUUCCUCACGGAAGACGCAGACAACGCCCCUCCGUCUAUUUGCAAAGCUUAUAAAGACUACAAUUGGGAAGAGGAUUUGCUAUGGUACCGCGGAAAGCUAGUGGUCCCAGACUCAGAAGAACUCAAGGAUCGACUCCUCAGGGAAUUCCAUGACUCCCCCCUGGCAGGACAUCCUGGACAACAACAAACCCUAGAACUACUCAGCCGUAACUAUUGGUGGCCAGGAAUGAAGUCUUCUGCGAAGGAAUGGGUUGAAUGUUGCCCCAUCUGCCAAUCCAACCGUUGCGCCCACAACCCAGUAAUAGCUCUAAAACCUUUAGAAGUCCCCCCGUUCCCAUUCCAUACAAUUUCCUACAACUUCAUCACGGGUUUUCCCAGAUCUGAUGGAUACAACGCAAUAUUGGUAGUCAUAGACUUGUUUUCAAAAUUUGGGCACUUCAUCCCAACUACCAAAAAGGUGUCGGCCAAGGGCUUAGCAAAUCUCUUUGUCACCCAUGUUUGGAAACUCCACGGCCUCCCGGGCCUUGUACCAACAAUUGGGGGUCCAACCAUCCUUCUCCUUGGCCUACCACCCCAAAUCAGACGGACAAACGGAACAACGGAUCACUCAGACUGGGCAAAAUGGCUACCCCUUGCGGAAUAUGCUUACAACAACGCCAAACAUGCUGCCACAGGUAAAACCCCAUUUGAACUGGUUUAUGGAAGAAACCCUGUGAUGAGUCCGUCAACCGUGCCAGCCAACGUACCAGAAGCAGACCUUGUAGCUGAUACCCUUGCACAAGAGUGGAAAGAAGCAGAGUCGGCGCUCAGAAUGACCAAAGAACGCAUGGCAGGGACAAAAGGGGUGAUACCGGAAUACUCUGUAGGAGAAAAGGUCUGGCUGGACAGAAAGAACGUGGAACUGAGAACAAAUUCCAACAAGCUGGAUCCCAAGCGGCUGGGACCGUUUGAAGUCACAGAAAAGAUUUCCAGUCACGCCUACCAAGGGGAGGAGGAAUACGAGGUGGAACAAAUCCUGGAUUCAAAAAGACAACAAGGAAAGUGGGUUUACCUCAUCAAAUGGAAGGGCUAUGGUCCAGAAGAUAACUCCUGGGAACCCAAGGAGCUUCUAGAGAAUAGUCAAGAAGAAAUCCAACGCUUCAACAAAUUGCGACUGAAAAAGGCUUGUGACUCCGCCAAGAGCCUUUAA